GAUUAUCAGCUAACCUAGUCACGGAACUUUACCUAGAGUUGAUGGUCUUUAACAGUACAUUAUCAAUGAUUGUAGUUGUACGGUAACUAUUAGUAGAAUUGACUCGUUGACAAAUAAUACGCAGCUGUCAUCCGAAAUGUAAAUUGUAAAUGUGACAGUAGUUUUUGGCAAAUAUCAGAGAACUGUCAGAAAAAUGAAAGUGACAACGUUGAAAGGCAUUUUUCCUGAUCCAAAGCCAGUUAGAAGGAGGAAUUUCAUUCAAGAAAAUGUGAAAAACCUCCGACGAAUGGAACAGUGUUUCCAAUCUGGCAAAGAAGUGGAUAAGCUAGAAAAAUUGCAGCUGCACAAAUGUAAAACGAGGGACAAGUAUCAAAAUGUGUCUGCGAAAGUGGUUACCAGUUUUCGGGACAAAAAGAAGCACGCGCAGAGAAAUGAUAUUGAUCCUGGAUCAAAGGACCAUGUUGAUCCAGCAUCGAUUGAUAAAAUGAAGGUCGAGAAACCAAGUCAGAAUGGGGUUAGUUUAGUCGAGCCAUGUAAAAAGCAUGUUGGUGACACCAAGAGAGCUAUUAGAGCACAUACGGAUAGCGAUACAUUAAGUAGACAGAAGAAAAGUAGCAAACACAAGAACGAGCAGAAGCAACAACCAAAGGAUUCAUCUGAACCAAGCAACUUGCAGAAAUACAAUGAUAAUGCUGCAAACGAUUCAGAUGCAAGCUCCAUCAAGUACAAGAGUCAAGGGAUUCAAACUUUGGAUACGGAUGAGACAGAAAGUAUAUAUUCAGAAGGCAUCAUUCUAUAUCCCUCGAAGAAAGUUAUAAAACACAAUGAAAUAGCGAGUAACGGCGAUCUAAACCGACAAGAGGAGACAACCUUGAGGAAACAAUCGGACUCUCCCACGGACAGAGGUGAUAUGCGUACUCCCGAAGACUCGCAGAAAACAGAUUUACGAAAUUCUGCGUCGCCGGCACUCCGGGAAGAGAUCGACUUUGUCAAGUUGAAUAAGGAACGCACGUCUGUCGCUACUAAACUGGCGACGCAGCUCAACAACGGUGUACCACCCCCCAAUUACCGUAAAGGAGUUGUUCCCAAAUAUCUUCGAGAGAGAAAGGAAGCCCAAGAGAAAGAGAAAGAGCAGAAGGCCAAGGUGGAAGCGUCGCACGCCGAUUGCCCAGAGGGUCACGUGUCCUUACCUGAUCAUGAGCGCAAGGAGACGCUACGAUUAUUAAAGAAAAAUUACCAAGAUUACGUCAACGAAUUGAACAUGAUGCCCAUAAAGACGGAUACCCUCAGGGCGCAGAGGCGCAAGAUGGAAAUAGAAAAACAGCUGACUAAACUGGAAGAAGGCAUAAAGGUGUUUUCACGCCCGAAAGUUUACGUGAAGAUAAACGCGUAGCCUGCAUCGCCUCGACGCAGAAUGCAACGCAGACAUCUAAGGAAUUACUGAUUUCCCGUCCACGUUUUUCAACGUACUGCGCGUGCUGUUCCGAGGGUUCAACGUAGCAAAUGUGAUCGUAGUACUACUUCGAUUGUUAUAAAAUGACAAAAAUUACCUGUACAUAUCUUCAUGUGUAUCAAAAAUUAGCUGAACUUAGUUUUCGAUUUAGUAUUUAACGUUCGGAAGAAAUUCCAUACGGAGAGAAUAAUACACCAAUAUAUUUUCUCACAAAAAUGCACGCACACAGCCUGGGAUUUGUUGACAAUUCUAUAGCAUCUCCCGUUACGAAUAUAAUAAAUGAUAUUUAUUUAACAAAAA